CGUUUAUUGACAACAUGGCUGCUUCUCUGGUCGAGGAUUUGAAGAAAAUUGGAAUUUGACAGCGGCCACCGGAUGUAUACUCGCACGCCAUUUCCAUGUCUGAAGUGUACAGUGCGGAUCUAUUUGAAUGAAGGGACCUGUCGACCCGCGGGAUGGUGUCAGUGAGCUGAGGAAACGUUCUGACUAAACCCGUCAUGUCGUUUUUCAAGCGGAAAGCCAAAAGCAAAGAACCUGAGAGAGCAACUGACACAAAAGUCAACAGAGGUCUAGCCAGCUCUCGCUCUCCAUCGCUGCCACCGAAGAACAACCAUGCCAUACAGGAAGCUGCGGGGCCCAGCCACGUGGCCAUCAACGCCAUCUCCGCCAACAUGGACUCCUUCGCCCGUGGUCGCACGGCCAUCCUCAAGAAGCAGCCGAGCCACAUGGAAGCUGCGCACUUUGGUGAUCUCGGUCAUUCCAGUGUGAACUAUCAGCCCCAGGAGACCCGCUCCCGACUCUCCAAGACAGUGGACCAAGUGCUUCGGGACAAUGUGGCGAUCCCCCAUUACAUGAGUUAUACGGCGCGUCAGGGCGCUGACUACCUGGUUCGCUUCUGGCUGGAUGCCGAGAGUUUCCGGUCCAGCAGCUGGUCACGGGUCCGAGCGCACAGCCUCAACUCUGUCAAACACAGCUCCUUGGCUGAACCCGUCUCCGGCUUCACGGGGAGCUCUGAGGCGCCGGAGCUCGGGCAACGCAAUUCCCUCGAGCUGGACUGGAACAGCACAGGAGACUCGCCGCAGCCCGAGCAGCGGCACCCGUCCGGCACAGAAGCGGGCCUGAGACCCGGCACCCCGCGAGCCGAAACUCCCGGCAGGCAGCCUCCUUCCAGGACGGGUACCGCUUCCAAAGUGGGGUCAAACAGCACCCUGCGAGAUCUCUCGGACAAACUCAUGAGAAGUAUCGAAAAAGAUGCGGUGACCAUCUUCACCAAGUACGUUUCUCCGGAUGCUGUGAGGCCCAUCCCCAUCACAGAACAGAUCCGAAAUGAUAUCGUUGCGAAGAUUUGCGGAGAGGAUGGCAUGGUGGACCCAAAUUGCUUUGUCAUUGCACAGUCAGUCAUCUUCACCAUCUUAGAGCAACAGUACUUUAUUGAAUUCCUACGGAGUCAUCAUUUCUGUAAAUACCAGAUUGAAGUGUUGACGAGCGGCUCGGUGUUCCUGGCUGACAUCUUGUUCUGCGAGUCAGCGCUCUUCUACUUCUCUGAGUACAUGGAAAAGGAGGAGGCGAUGAAUGUACUGCAGUUCUGGCUCGCGGCUGACAACUUCCAAAAUCAGCUCGCAGCUAAGAAGGGCCAGUAUGACGGCCAGGAGGCCCAAAAUGACGCCAUGAUCCUUUACGACAAGUAUUUCUCACUCCAAGCUACGAACCCUCUGGGAUUCGGCGACUCGGUACGCAUGGAGAUCGAGUCGAACAUUUGCCGAGAGGGGGGGCCUCUCCCCGACUGUUUUACCACUCCACUUAGACAAGCCUGGACCACCAUGGAGAAGGUCUAUAUGCCAGGCUUCCUGUCUAGUAACCUUUACUACAAAUAUCUGAGUGACCUCCUCAAUUCGGUGCGGGCGGACGAGUUUGUGAAUGUCAACACUCCGGGUCCGGGCGGGCCGGCGGACAACGAGCGCUCAAGUUCAAGUGCCAGCGAGGCCUCGCUGACGCAGUCUGGUGCCAAAAAGGCAGCGAUAAAAAUCUUGAAAAAUUUCGAUGAGGCCAUAACGGUGGACGUUGCCAGUCUUGAUCCCGAAUCUUUGUACCAGAGGCCAUAUGCUGGAAGGAUGACAUUCGGGAGAGUGAAUGAGUUGGGCCAAUUUAUCAGGGAGGCAGAACCAGAACCAGACGUGAAGAAAUCUAAAGGCUCCAUGUUUUCACAAGCAAUGAAGAAAUGGGUCCAAGGCAACUCAAAUGAGGCUCAGGAGGAAAUGGCCUGGCAGAUUGCUAAAAUGAUUGUCAACGAUGUUGUGCAGUCAAACCACGACAGUCCUGGCAAGUCCACCAAGUUAUGACCCAGAGAGGACUGUCCCCUGCAGAUGCCGGUCACUGACUACACGUGGUUUACCCCGCAACAAACUGAAACCGCAUUGUUCAACUCCAUAACACGUGAAGGUGUCCAGUGAUCCGUUGACGUGAAGGCAAGCCCUUGCAUCACAUGACAGGAAGUCUUUCAAACUCAGUCUGGUUUGCACAAAGACAAAGCAUGUCCGUCAGGACUACAACCAAAUUAUUGCAGACUCUCGUCGUGUAGUCUCGUCUCGGACUGACGAAUGAUGUCACGCGGACUGAAUUAUGCUCGUUUCCUCACCACACUCAUCCCCACGCCUUUUUUUUAUGACCAUUCCUUGUUUUUAGAAGACAUUCUCUCUUAAAAGAUCGCCAAAUCAACAGUUCGGAGUGUUACCCCUUUUACACAUGCACACGCUCCCUUGAUCCUGCCUGUCCAAUGGUGAGUUACUUACGUGAGCUAUCGUAGACAAUUAUUUGUAGAGUAUCUGCAAAUGACAAUGAAAUAGAGGAUGAUCUUGUUAAACCUCUUCGCACCUUUACAGAGCGUAGAAUAAAAACUCCCUAAUGAAUUGAAAUGCUCCAGUUGUGAUGGAAAACUCCAUGUUAUAAAUGGUAUACAUCUACAUAUGUAUAAUAUAGACUGGUUCAUCCCACAUAUACAUGUUAGUACUCGUUUUUUUUUUUUGUGUGUGUGUAUGCAUCUCAGAAACAACUGGAAAUGUGCUCAAUGAAUCAACCUUUUUUUUUUUUUUUCUUUUCUUCUUUUUGAGCCUGACUGAGGUGUGGAAAAGAACCAGAAAGGUGUGUUGGUACCAUGUACCACUAAUGUUUUCGGAUAUGUAUGUACACCUAAUCUAAAUCUAUUUAA